AUGAGUCACAAUAAAUUUGAACUUAUUAAGAAAAAUCUUAAAUCUUCGAAAUCAGAAGAUAAAAAAGAAUCAGACAAAGCUUGGCGCGUCCGACCGAUAGUAGAAAUAUUAAAAAAUAACAUCAUGAGAUUUGGAAUAUUUUGUACAGCAUUGUCUAUCGAUGAAAUGAUGGUCAAGUAUUAUAGUAGAUUUACAUUGAAGCAAUUUAUAAAGUCUAAACCAAUAAGAUUCGGUAUAAAAAUGUGGGCUUUAGGUAGUGCAAAUGGAUACGUUUUUAAUUUUGAUAUUUAUUGUGGAAAAAACGAAGAAACUCUCAAAUUAUCUAAAUGUCCUUUAGGAAGUCGAGUAGUUAUCAGUAUGUUAGAGCCAUUAUUGAUAAAUACAUCUCCUCGCAAACUAGCCCAGUAUCACGUCUACUUUGACAAUCUAUUCUGUUGCCCAGACUUGCUAAUUCAUCUAAAAAAGGCUGGACUUCGCUCGACUGGCACAGUAAGAGACAAUAGAGUAAGUGUAAAAAAUGUCUUGGAUAAAAAUGCGCCGAGGGAGACUCAUCUAGUACAGCAUGAACAGAAUAACGGUCUCAAUUUUAUUACAGUUCAGGAUUCAAAAGCAGUCUUAAUUUUAUCUACUGCUGCUGGUGUCAUACCCCUCGGCUCAAUAAGUAGAUAUGACAAAAUAGAAAAAAUUAAAAAAGGACUCCCGUUUCCACAUGCCUUCACAGUAUACAAUCAAUUCAUGGGUGGAAUUGAUAUCCAUGAUCAGCAUUGCAGUAGAGUACUACCGAUUUUCAGAUCAAAGAAGUGGACAUUGGUAAUUUUAAUGAGGCUGAUACAAGCUACAAUCACGAACGCAACUGUUCUAUGGAAUAGUGUAAAAUCCGAAGAAAAUCGGGGAACAAAAGACUUUGCAUUAGAAAUUAGCAAAUAUUAUUUAGAGAAACAUUCCAAAGCACAACACAAUUUCGAAAAAGGACUAAAAAGAUCUUACUGUUCUGUAAAUACUUGCAAGAUUAGAACUUCGAAACUUUAUAAAACGUGUAAAGAUACAUAUUAUUGCGAGCCAUGUUUCAAGAAGGCCCAUCUACAAUAA